AUGUACUACAUCAUCCAUAAAUAUCAAGCGCCUAUCGUUGAAGGCGCACUGCGAAAUGUCAAUUUAAUCAUCGAACCACCGGCGGUCAGACGCGGCCAACAUGCCAUCGUACGCUGUCUCUAUGAUUUGGAAGGGACGCCACUCUACUCAGCCAAAUUUUAUCGCGGUCAAUUGGAGUUCUAUCGCUAUACACCUGGUGAAUUUCCGAAUACGAAAGUUUUCCCAUUUCCCGGCAUACAUGUCGAUGUGACCAAUUCGAAUGCAACGCAAGUGCUCAUCCGCAAUGUGGGCUUUGGAUUGUCCGGCAACUUCUCCUGCGAGGUGACAGCUGAUGCGCCACUUUUCUCAACAGCCACGGCCACGGGCAUUAUGCAGGUUGUUGAGUUGCCCGAAAAACGGCCACAACUGUUCACCGAACAUACACGCUACGAACCGGGCGAUGUGUUGCGUGCCAAUUGCAGCACGCCACCCUCACGACCACGCGCCGAUUUGAAGUUCACAAUAAAUAAUAUGGUGGCGUUGAUAAAGCCUUUAUGCAAUUAUCCAAUCUUGGGAACAAUAUUGGUCAACUGA